AAUAAACUCGUCAAUGUGCUUUGAAUGAUUGCAUGAUAUGCAAAUGAGAUGAAAUAAGGCAAUACAGCUGCAGUCCCGCCACUCAGAAGCAUCACUCAUCACCGGGCUGCUGAGGAGUGCCUGCCCAUCCGAAAGAAUGGAUCAGAACGGGACUUGCAACAAAUGGCUGGGAAUAGAGGAAGCCCUAGAAAAAUACUUUCUUCCUACCGUCUAUUCCAUUGAGUUUGUCGUUGGCAUCCUUGGGAACGUGGCUGUUGUUUUGGGCUAUCUUUUCUGCCUAAAAAACUGGAAGAGUGGCAAUAUUUACCUCUUCAAUCUUUCCCUUUCUGACCUCACCCUCUUAUGCACGCUCCCCAUUUUGGUUAGACAGUAUGCCCAUGGGGAAGGGGCAUAUAUCCUGUGCAUAAGUAACAGGUACUUGCUCCAUGCCAACUUAUACACAAGCAUCCUUUUCCUUACAUUUAUCAGUAUUGACCGGUACCUGCUGAUGAAAUAUCCCUUCCGGGAACAUUUCUUACAAAAGAAAGAAGUUUCGGCCUUGAUCUCUGUGGCCAUCUGGAUCUGGGUGACCCUUGAGCUUCUACCAAUCCUCUUUUUCCUUGACCCAAAUGAUAACACUACCUGUAACGACUACGCGAGUUCUGGAAAUCCCGAAAUGAACCUCAUCUACAGCGUGUGUCUGACUUUCCUAGGGUUCCUCAUUCCACUCUUUGUCAUGUGCUUCUUUUACCUGAAAAUUGUGCUUUUUCUGAAGGAGAGAAGCAGACAACUUAGCACUUCUCUCCCCCUUGAGAAGCCUCUCAAUUUGGUCAUCAUGGCAGUGGUGAUAUUUUCAGUUCUCUUUACCCCCUAUCACAUCAUGCGAAAUGUGAGGAUAGCAUCCCGCCUGGAGGUCUGGGAGCCGACCAAAUGCGUAAAGGUCAUCAUCAACUCAUUCUACAUUCUGACCCGGCCCUUGGCGUUUCUAAACAGUGUGAUCAACCCUCUCUUCUAUUUCCUGAUGGGGGAUCAUUUCCGGGAGAUGAUGAUCAGCCAAGUGAGGAUUAUCUUCAAAUUCAUUAGAAGGUGACCCUGCUGGCCUGCUGAGGCCAUCCUUCAAAGACAAAGGGGUUCCACUUUCUUCAGGAGAGCGCUUUCUUGUUUCUCUGGUAGGUCCCAUGGAUUGUUGACUUGUUCGUUGACUCCAAGUGGGUUUUAGCUCUGUUCCCUACAACAUGGAUCGACUAACUUAUAUCUCUGAAAUGGAAGCCUAUCUUUUUAAUACCAAUAGACCUGUGGCAGUGUUACAGGUGUGAGUCAAGGAACUCUGUCUCUGAAGAAAUGAAAUUGCAGAUCACCAAUAGGGCAAUGGAGAGUUACGUGGUGGAGGAAGGAAAAGGGCUAUAUGAAUGUCAUCAUUGUGAUGGAAAAAGACAAUGGGUUGUUCCUGUGAUGAGAGAAAGGGCUAGGUGGUCUAUGGCAUUGACAAUGGCUGCUCCUCCCCACCUGUCCAACACAUUGAGUCCCAUCUCUCUAAGCAAAUGAUGGGAACAACAUAGACAGUGCAAUCAAAUCUCUAUCACUAGAGGGAUGACCAUGUUACGAAGAAGACUCGGUCCAAUGUGUAGAGAAAUAAAAGGGUGGACAGGUGGAACUAUGUGCUUUUUAGGUUGUAAUCUCUUGUUAUUGUCAAAAAAAAAUGAGUGUGGACAAAAUUAUUGUUCCUUCUCCAUGAGGAAAUUGGUCAGUAGAGAAGAGGCACGGGAAGGAGAAUGCUGACAAAUUGAAGGAGUACAGUACUAAGGAAGGGAGAGAAGGUUCAUGCCCUCCUUCAAAAUCCUUUUCUAUUUCUUUGCAUACAUAUGGUAUUUCCUUCUGGAGAGUAAGCCUCCUGAGAACAAGCUGUUUUUUUUUUUUUUUGCCUUUGUUUACCCAGUUCUUAUUAUGGGGAUGGAAAUCAAAGCUUAAAACUCUACUAUAACUCUGAGACAUUCAGUGUAGUAAGUGGUCAAUAAAUGUUAAUUUCAGGGAUAUGCGAUAUGGUAUAUAUAUUAAAUAUAGUAUGGGUGGAUGGGAGAUGGGGCAAAGGGACAAUCUGGAAGAAGCAUCCCUUUCUCUGUAGUUUUCUAGCCACCACAUAGUGCAGACCUUUGUGACCUUCUCCUGGAGCAUUGCAGGAAGCUUCUCACUAUUUCCCUGUCUCAAAUCUCUGCCCACUGCAGUCCAUUCUCUAUCCAGCUCCCGAAGUGAUUCUUCUAAUUAACCAUCUCAUACUCCCUACUCAAAAACUCCAAUGGUUCCUAUUACUUCCAUGACUAAAUAUAAAGUUCUGAUUUCCAAAACCCUUCAGAAUCUGGCCUUCCCGAUCUUCUUCCCUUCCAUGCCUUCUAGGAUCCAGUGACUUCCUUUGGUUCCUUGAACAUAGCACUCAAUUUAUUCACUGCUGGCUUUCCCCACUGGCUGAAAUGUUCCCUCUCCUCACCUCUGUGUCCUGACUUCCCAGGAUUCCUUUAAGAUUUGGUUCAAAAUCCACUUUCUGAAGAAGGGAAAGGGACCUGUAUGUGCCAAAAUGUUUGUAGCAGCCCUGUUUGUAGUGGCUAGAAACUGGAAAAUGAAUGGAUGCCCAUCAAUUGGAGAAUGGCUGGGUAAAUUGUGGUAUAUGAAUGUUAUGGAAUAUUAUUGUUCUGUAAGAAAUGACCAGCAGGAUGAAUACAGAGAGGCUUGGAGAGACCUACAUGAACUGAUGCUAAGUGAAAUGAGCAGAACCAGGAGAUCAUUAUACACUUCGACAACGAUAUUGUAUGAGGACAUAUUUUGAUGGAAGUGGAUUUCUUUGACAAAGAGACCUGAGUUUCAAUUGAUAAAUGACGGACAAAAGCAGCUACACCCAAAGAAAGAACACUGGGAAACGAAUGUGAACUAUCUGCAUUUUUGUUUUUCUUCCCGGAUUAUUUAUACCUUCUGAAUCCAAUUCUCCCUACACAACAAGAGAACUGUUCGGUUCUGCAAACAUAUAUUGUAUCUAGGAUAUACUGCAACAUAUCCAACAUAUAAAGGACUGCUUGCCAUCUAGGGGAGGGGGUGGAGGGAGGGAGGGGAAAAAAAAAUCGGAACAGAAAUGAGUGUAAAUAUAAUGUAAUUAUUAAAUAAAAAAAUUUAAAAAAAAACAAAACAAAAUCCACUUUCUGGAAAAGGUCAUACAAUGAGUGUCUUCUCUCUGAGCCUCCCAUUUAUUGUGUCCAUGGUGGUUUGUAUAUUGUCUCUCAUUAGAAUGUGAGCUCCCUGAGAGCAGGGAUCAUGUUUUUGCCUUAAUUUGUACCCCCAGCCCAUGACAUAGUGCUUGGAACAUAGCACUUAAUAAAUGCUUGUUAUCUUGCUGA